UUCAAAGACGCCAUCAAAAAAUUAUUGAAGAAGCACCAGCAAUUGUUGUUCCAGAAGAGACCCUUGAUAAUAUGGAGAAGGCUGCUGUGAGAUUAGCAAAACUUGUUGGUUACGUUAGUGUCGGAACAGUAGAAUAUUUAUUUGAUAAAUCUGGAAAAUAUUAUUUCUUGGAGUUAAACCCUCGACUGCAAGUGGAGCAUCCUUGUACAGAGAUGAUUACUGGUGUAAAUCUUCCUGCCUGCCAAUUACAGAUAGCUAUGGGGAUUCCACUACACAGAAUCCAGGACAUUAGGCUCUUCUACGGAGAAUCCAUUUCUGACGCAGCUCCAAUUGAUUGGGGAAAUCCGCGUCAUAAACCGCGCAAGCAAGGACAUGUCAUAGCUGCAAGGAUUACAUGUGAAGAUCCAGACAAUGGUUUCAAACCUAGUGGUGGCUUAAUUAAAGAGCUUAUUUUCAAUUCAAUGAAGAAUGUUUGGGCAUAUUUUAGUGUAUCUGCUUCAGGAUCACUUCAUGAAUUUGCUGAUUCUCAAUUUGGUCAUUGUUUUUCAUGGGGAAGAAACAGAGAUGAAGCCAGAUUAAAUCUUGUAAUUGCUCUUAAAGAAAUGGUUAUUCGUGCUGAUUUUCAAACAAUUGUGGGAUGUCUUAUCAAAUUACUAGAAAUGCCCCAAUUCAUAAACAAUUGUGUUGAUACAAUGUGGUUAGAUAUCCUUAUAUCAAAAAACAUUCAGGCUAUUAAACCAGAUAUUUUACUUGCUGUAAUAUGUGGAGCAGUGCAUAUAUCAGAAAGAAAAUUUUUGGCUGCACUCGAUUCUUUCCAGACAUUAUUAGACAAGGGACAGAUUCCAAAUCCCAGGGCUCUACUGAGUUCUGUGAACGUUGAAUUGAUUCACGAGAAUAUUAAGUACAGAAUAGAUGCUUUCAAAACAGGAAAUAACUCAAUUAUUUUAUUUAUGAAUAAUUCUCAUCAGCAAGUUGAACUAGAACAUCUCUCUGAUUCAGGAAUUCUUAUUUUGAUAUCUGGUAAAAGCUUUACAACCUACAUGAAUGAUCAAGGCAAUCGAUUCAGUGUCACUGUAGAUAAUAAAACAUGCUAUUUUGAAAAAGAAAAUGAUCCAUCUUUACUCUUAGCACCUACAGCUGGCAAGUUACUAAAUUAUUUAGUUGCAAAUGGAGAAUACAUUACACCUGAUCAGCCUUAUGCUGAAAUU